ACAAUAUGGACGCCCGAUAGGGAGGCACUUGCCUGUCAAAAAUUCAUCCCUAUUCUAUCACGCUGUGGAAGUUUUUUUUUAACAUUUUCCUUUUGUAUAAUUGAAAUUUUGAAAAACGUCAAUUAUUUAUAAAAAUGUUGACCGCAGCAGCAAGUACGUUGUCCAACAAUACUGGUGGGUCUUACAGCAAUGAUAGGCCUUCGGAAUCAGAACUUGGCACAGAUCCGGCUUCUGGCGGAUUCUUUCACUCUGAUUAUAAAAAGCAUGACGAUUUGAAACAAAUGCUGGAUAGCAACAAGGACGGCUUAAAAUUGGAAGCUAUGAAACGAAUUAUUGGAAUGGUUGCAAAGGGCAGAGAUGCAUCCGACCUCUUUCCAGCGGUGGUAAAGAACGUAGUAUCAAAAAAUAUAGAAGUAAAAAAACUCGUUUACGUAUAUUUGGUUCGAUACGCCGAGGACCAACAGGAUUUGGCACUCCUCUCAAUUUCAACAUUUCAAAGAGCCCUAAAAGAUCCAAAUCAAUUGAUAAGAGCCAGUGCAUUGAGAGUUCUAUCCAGUAUACGAGUACCAAUGAUAGUUCCUAUUGUGAUGCUGGCAAUAAAAGACUCUGCAAGUGAUAUGUCUCCUUAUGUGAGAAAAACAGCAGCCCAUGCCAUUCCGAAACUUUAUUCACUCGACCCGGAGCAGAAAGAUGAAUUGAUCAGUGUUAUAGAGAAAUUACUAUCUGACAAGACGACGCUGGUGGUAGGGUCAGCUGUGAUGGCAUUUGAGGAAGUUUGCCCAGGGAGAAUUGAUUUGAUUCACAAGAAUUAUCGUAAAUUGUGUAAUUUGUUGGUGGAUGUUGAUGAAUGGGGCCAGGUGGUCAUUGUAAAUAUGUUGACAAGAUAUGCGAGAACACAAUUCGUUAAUCCUAAUGUUGAUGAGAUUGAGGAGGAUGAAAAUAAACCGUUCUACGAGUCUGACUCUGAAGAAUCGGUCGAUGUUGAUAAUAAAAAAACUAAAUUUUCUCUUGAUAUUGAUCAUCGUUUGUUGUUGAGAAAUACCAAACCAUUGUUGCAGAGUCGAAAUGCAUCAGUUGUUAUGAGUGUUGCACAGUUGUAUCACCAUGUUGCGCCUAGAACUGAAGUUAUGAUUGCCGCUAAAGCCUUAAUAAGGCUUUUAAGAAAUCAUCGAGAAGUACAGAGCAUCGUCCUUCACUGCGUUGCUAGCAUAUCAAUUUCGAGGAAAGGAAUGUUCGAACCUUUUCUCAAGUCGUUUUUCGUCAGAACCUCCGAUCCUACACAUAUUAAACUUCUCAAGCUGGAUAUUUUGACAAACUUGGCCACUGAGGCGAGUAUUGGAGUGAUUUUGAGGGAGUUCCAAACGUACAUUUCGAGCACUGAUAAGGAAUUCGUUGGGGCUAGUAUACAGGCUAUUGGACGAUGUGCCAGUAAUAUUAAAGAAGUUACGGACACUUGCCUCAGUGGAUUAGUCUCUUUAUUGAGUAAUCGUGAUGAAGUGGUGGUGGCCGAGAGUGUAGUCGUAAUAAAGAAACUUCUGCAGACCCAACCCAACGAACACAAGGAAAUAAUAGUUCACAUGGCAAAAUUAAUGGAUUUCAUCACUGUCCCCCAGGCGCGAGCCUCCAUUCUCUGGCUCCUCGGUGAAUACUCAGACAGAGUGCCAAAAAUUGCUCCCGACGUUCUUCGAAAAAUGGCAAAGAGCUUCGUAAAUGAAAAAGAUAUCGUGAAACUUCAAACUCUCAAUCUUGCUGUGAAACUGUGCCUCAAUAAUCCAGAACAAACAAAAUUAUUCUGUCAAUAUGUAUUCCAACUGGCCAAGUACGACCAAAACUACGACAUAAGAGAUAGAGCCCGAUUUCUACGUUCGUUUAUAUUCGAGGAGAAUGGUAAUACCGACAAAAAGCUUCCAGAACACGCAAAGAGGAUUUUCUUCACCCCUAAACCAGCCCCGACGUUGACAUCCCGAGUCAAAGGCUCCCAGUAUCAACUGGGAACACUCUCACAUUACUUGGACAUGUCCUGUUCAGGCUAUAAACCACUCCCAGAUUACCCUGAAGUUCCACCAGAUCCAUCAGUGCGUGACGUAGCAGAGCCAAUACCAACUCAAGAGCCAAGAGAGAAAUGUCAUGGGCGAAAAGAUAAAAAGGAGAAGAAAAUCAAGGAAAAAGCUUUCUACAGUGAUGAAGAAAGUUCUCCAGCGGAAUCAGAAGAGUCGGAGGGAUCUUCUGAGACAUCCUCGAGUGAAUCUUCAGAGAAUUCAGAUUCAGAUUCUGCAGAAUCUAGUUCAGAUGGUGAAAAAUCGGAGGAAAAGACUCAGAGAAAGAAAAACGUCAAGUCUGAAACGUCAGAGAGUCAAUCAGAGAGCGAAGAGUUAGAUUCUGAGGAGAGUGGGUCUUCUCGAAGUGAACCUGAAUUAAAGAAGCCUAGUGUUAAAAUUAAGAACGAAACUGUCAAGGAAAAGGCGAAGAAUAAUUUAGAUCUACUUCUAGAGCUUGAUGACAUUGUGCCCAUGACACCAAUGAUGACCCCGAGUCUUGGAGGCUUCCUUACGCCAAUGAAUUUUCCUAUAGGCAAUGUUAAUGGAAUCAGAGAGGUCUCAGCUACUUUCAUACCAGUUGAGAGAACAGAAAUUGUUAAUAAAAUCACUGGGAAGGGUUUGAAAGUUGAAUCGAGGUUUACUAGAUCCCAACAUCUUGUUAGCUCGAAUCUCACCAGUGUCGAGCUGACCUUUACAAAUUGUGGUAAUCAUACCAUCAAUAAUAUUCGUGUUGGGAAUAAGAAUUUAUCGUCUGGAAUGUCCAUGCACGAUUUUUCAACGAUUCCUACGCUUCAACCAAAUAUGAAUUGUUCUUCUGUACUUGGAGUGAAUUUCAAUGAUUCUAUGCAGCCUGCUAACUUCAACAUUGAGUUCAUCAUAGAUGACGAGAUACAUUCAGUUCCUGUUAGUUUGAAGGCACCAAUUGGGGAGAUUGUUAGGGCUGUCAAAUUACCAGAAAAUAUGUUCAUCGCUGAGAAAGAAAAAUUAAAAGGCAUGAAUGAACAUUGUUCAAAGAUCAAGUUUUCAGGGACGAAGAAACAUUUGCUGCAGAAAAUUUAUCAGGCUGCCAAUAUUUCCCUAGUUUUGGACGAAUGUGAUAUAAUGAGAUUCGCUGGUCGCACGGUAACAUCGAAAUCCAUGACCUUGAUAACGAUAAAAUUCCUAGAUUCCCAGGAGUUGGAGGUAUGUAUUAACUGUGAAAAAAUGGUCAUAGGCUCAAUGUUGUUGAACGAAAUCAAGAGUAACUUGCUGCAAUAAAAAUGCAAUUUAAAUUUUUUUCAAAGAGUAAUUUUUUGUUUUUAAAGAGUUUUUAAAGAGCCUCCAGUCCAUCUCUCAUUUCACUGAAAUUUUACAUAUUGGAAAGGACUGUAUAUUACAUACAGAAAAAAUACUCUAUAAUAUUACAACAUUAUGAAAAUUAUUUUUUUCUAAUAAAUUCAUAAAAUCAAUUAA